ACUUUUUAACAAAUGGAAAUUUUUCAAUUCCCUCUGUUUCUAAAUCGAACACAAAUGGGCCGUGAAAACAAAACAAACUGCCGGAAGUCAUAAGUUGACAUUCUCUUAGAAAGUGAAAAGCGCAUUUGGUUUACCCGUCUGAAAGGCAGCAGAAUUUUUUCAGAGCCAACCUUCCGGCGCGGUUUUGCGCCAAAAAAGGAAUAAAAUUUGGAGAGCCUAAUACUUUACAACAGUUAGGCUAUAAAAUUUCCCUCGGAUUGGAGAUUUCUUUUUUUUUCUGUUGGAGAAUUGUUAUCAAAUUAGAUCUGAACUACUUGCAAAAUAGUCAUUCGAAUAGACCUUUGGCGGCGUUCCAACCAAUUCAAUUGCUUGUAUUCUUUUUCCUUCAAACCGCUGAGGGAGCUCCAGUUGACAUUCUGUUGUGACAGUCUGGUUAUGACAUUUUCCUAAUAACUUAUCAACUCACAGGACCCUAGUUUGCAUAUAGUUCCAAUUAUAUUUCACGCGCCCGCCAAACCACCAGAUAUACGUCAAGAAAUCUAAUGGCAGUAUUGAAGCUUUACCUGUUCCUCGUGAUAUAUUGUUACAGCUGUUUCGCUGGUCCAGAGAAGCAGGUGAGCGAUGUUCUAUUUGAGGAUUACCUGAGCACAGAAAGGCCGGUGAGAAACAAGUCACAGGUUGUAGUGGUCUAUGUCAGAAUGUCACUCAACCAAAUCAUGGAUCUGAAUAUCAUCCAGCAAGCACUCACAGCUAUCUACUCGGUCGAACUGAGCUGGUCUGAUGAGUUCCUACGAUGGAAUCCGGCCGAGUUUGGAAAUGUGAGCUCUAUCCGGGCAGACAAGUCGAAGAUAUGGCUACCAGACAUCAACGUCUCUCAAAGGAUCAACUGGGGGGACGUGAAGAGUCUGGAGCAGGUGCUGACCAACCCAAAAGUAAGCAGUGAUGGUAGGGUCACAAUGCAACAGCCCCUCUACCUCAAGUCCGCGUGUUCAGUCAAUGUCAAGUAUUUCCCCUACGAUACCCAUGUGUGCAAUAUAAGUGUGGGCUCCUGGUCCUAUCCGCCGAGCGAAGUCGACGUGGGCCCGGGCUUGUACGCCAACGGCAUCUUCAACUACAUGAAUAACAUGGAGUGGGAUCUACAGAAGUACACAGUGAGACAUAAUUCGGCAGAAGAGCCGAUGGGCAAGUACACCGAACUGGUGUUCAGUCUCCAACUGAGCCGACGGCCCUCGUUCAUGCUACUCAACACUGUACUGCCCACCUCAUUUACCAGUUGUUUGACUCUGAUCAACUUCCUGAUGCCGUGUGAGAGUGGGGAGAAGAUGGGCUAUGGAAUCACCCUGUUCCUUGCUCUCUGUGUCAACCUGCUCGCAAUCUCCUCCAUGCUCCCCCACACGGGAGAGGAACUGCCAAUCAUACAGGGUUUUCUGGUGGUGUGGAUCAGCAUGUCGGCCAUGACUCUCGUGACCACCAUGCUAGUACUGCGUCUCUACCACACCUCCCCCACAGAACACAAAGUACCAGCCAUACUUCAUUGGUUCAUCUCAAAAGAAGACCUGGAUAGAAAUGGGAGAGUUGGAACUUAUCGCGAGUCAAACAAAACAGCGCAACCUAAUAAUUUCCAAAACAGCAUUGAAGAUUCAAUUCGAACAGUCAACAAAGAGCAGUUCGGAGAGCCAGAGAUUCGAAAAGCCGACAAUGGCAACAGAAGUCUUGAGGCUGCUCUCACACGAUUGGCUGACUCAAUAGAGCAAUCAAAUACGCCUGUCGUUCGCACAGAUUGGAUGCGAUUGGCUCAGUUCGUUGACAAGGCAAUGGCAAUAGCCUACAUUUUGAUAUAUUUAAUAACACUGGUUUACCUGGUUAUUGCCUUAUCGUACAGAAAAAUAGAGUGACCUAUCUAAUUGCGUGAUUUUGUAUUAGAGAUGGCAGAACCACUCAACAACUGACUUAAAGACUAUGACAAAGACUGACUUAUCUGACUGUGUGCUUUAAUUUUUUCCCCUACAAAAUCAGUUCCGUUUUCAAUCGCCACUCAAUCUAUUAAAUUUAAGUCUAAGUGUA